AUGCGAGGCGAUCACAGUUACUCUUCUUACCCCUACCUGGCUGACCAGGAAUUCGUGGAGGUCUGCCACCAUUUCGACAGACAAUAUCGCCAGGCAGAUCUUGGGGAGACCAGGCGGCGAUGGCGCGUAGAUGUUAUCUCGGCAGUCGAGCCGGCCAUCGUUUUCUCUUUUGGCCCGGAGCGGUACACAUGGCUCCAGAUUACUCGGCCCUUAGAAAACCCGGAUGACGGGGACUUAUCCUCGUAUCUCGACGGGUUUUCCUUUAACGAGCACCGAACAAACCGAGAAAUGGAUCUGGACUUGAACGAGAGGGACAGCGAGAUGCUGUCGACCGAGGAGGCUGACCAGGCCGUCAUCGUCAAGCAACUUCCGGCCCAAAGGAUUCCAGUUGGACAACACGGCCACGUCGGUACGAGCCACAUCCACCGAACAUACGACGCUGGCUGUGGUCAGCUUAUACGCCUGCCCGCAGACGAGGAUCCCCUCAGCAUCGACACGGUAUUUCGGCGACUGGUGCCAGACCACUUCAAGGCAGGAAUGCGGGCCAGCACGGGCACCUUGGAUGGCAUCUCGCUCGGCGUAGGUCCCUUUUUUUUAUCAUUUGGACCCGAGUUCCUCGGCGAUGCUAGAUACUGGUGGUUAACCGAGAUCCUAUUUGAUGGCCUAGACUAA